AUGGAAAAUGAGACAAUCUCAGACGUAUCUUCCCUCCAUAAUUUUGGAGCCAUUAAAAGACAUGUGAGGGAGAAGAGGAAUGGAGCCCCAAAAGUUACAAAGCUGAAUACUUCUCUUGCAUCAAAAAUCAAAACAAAGACAAUAAACAACUCAUCGUUUCUUAAGGUUUCACUAAAACACAAUAAUAAGGCAUUGGCUGUGGCCCUCAGUGCAGCGAAAGAAAAUUCUCAGCAACUCAGAAAAGAAAAGCUGCUAUUACAGGGAGAAAUAGAUGAACUACGCUUGCAGAAUGUCUCACUUCGCCAAAAGUUAAACUUUCUGAAUAAAACUCUCAUUGAAAUGGAAACAUUCUUGAACAAUAACUUUUUAACUGCAAUUGAAAUUAGCACUAUUUCAGAGUCAUGUUCCAAUUGUAAAAGUUAUGUAGCUGCUUUAGAAGUUACCUCUGGAAUUACUGAGAAAUCCAAAGACGGGAGUCGUACUGAAAACCAGCCAAGCAUGCAACAAGUCUCUAGCAGUGCCUCAGUGAUGGAGCUAAAUGAUUCAACUUCUGCAGGAGAAUCAAAAGCAAAUAAUAGUCCAUUUCCUAUCAAUGGAUAUGUGACGGAAAGGAAGAAACAAAAUUCCGACACAAAAACAAAGCAGGAAAGAACAUUACGUUGUUUCACUGAUAGAGUCAGAGAUACCAAUUCGAUAAGUACUGAGAUAGACCCAAAUGGCAUUUCACAUGGUGAAUCAUUUCCCGAAAGUGGUAAUGAGCCUGCUUGCGGAGAUCAAGUAUGUUCUAUAAAUGAACAAAAGUCAGAAGAAACUGUAUAUGAUGCUGACAUGGAAAUGACUGCUAGCGAACUAGGUGAAAUAGUAAUAAUUAAAUCAAAAGCCAAAGAAACAAAUGCUCAAAGAGUUAAUGCGGGGAAAAAUCCUGCAAAUUUGAGAAAAGACAAUGGUUCCAAAGGAAAAUAUCACAAGACAAAAUGUUAA